AUGUCAAUCAAGACGGCUGUUAUUACAGUGCCCUAUCAUUUCGGUCAGGCUGAACGCCGUGCUGUUAUUCGGGCCGCUCAAAUGGCUGACAUUGAUGUUCUUCAGCUGAUAAACUCAAACACCGCAGUUGCAUUGAAUUAUGGCCUCUUCCGACGGAAGUUCUUCAAUCAGACCGCCCAGUCUUAUAUGUUCUACGAUAUGGGCUCAUUGGGCUUAACUGUCACGAUUGUCUGCAAGUUCCAUUCAUCCUAUAUUUUAUUUUACAUCCAUUCUACAAUUUUGUUUUGGCUAGCUUCCACUCACACUCGUUAUAAGAGCUCAUAG